GAUUUUCAUCUCCUUUGAUAAAGUCGCCUGCCUUAGCAGCCCAGUGUUUCUUUUCUUCUUUCAAGCCUUUUUCUGAAAAUUCUCCCUAAUUUUUUUUUGUUCAACUCAAAACCGUAAGAGUUUCCCAGACAGGAGGAGGAUCCUAUCGAAAGUAAGAAUUUUUAAGGAAAAAUCAAAGCUUUUUUUUUUCCUGUGUUUCUGGUCGAAGCCAUCCAAAGAAUGGGUUGCUGCUGCUGCUGUUUCCCCAUUCUUCCUGAAAGCUCAAGAACUAUAGAUGAGCAUGUUCCUUUAUCUCGUGCCCCUCCUUCCUCUGUUGUACCUUCAGGAGAAGCAGAUACAAAUCUGGCCUCUAAUCUGUACACCGCUCCUCUUCAGCCGCCUCUUCCUGUUUCAUUCUCACCACGAAAUCAUCCCACUCCGUCCAAAUUGCCUACAACUCAGACUCAGACCAACUCGAGCGAAGGGUCUCGUGUAGUCACAACAAACAGUGUUCCAGAAAAGGUUUCAGAAAAGGAAACAUGGCGUGCUGAUGAUUUUACUGAUAUUGAUCUAAAGAAAAAGAAUAGAGAGACCAUAGACGAGUGUCCAAUUUGCUUAGAAGAAUAUGAUUUUGACAACCCGAAGCUGCUCACGAAAUGUGGCCACGAUUUUCAUCUCGCCUGCAUUCUUGAAUGGAUGGAGAGAAGUGAGGCUUGUCCAGUCUGUGACAAGGAAUUGGUAUUCACUGAGUCAUAAUCAAGACAAAGAAAGGUACAGAAGAUUUGAUUAGGUGGCAUUAGGUGAUAGUGUGGUGGUAUAUGAUGAAACAUUGUUUGCUCUAUUUCAUUCAUCAGCUAUGAAGUUUCCUUUUGAUUGUUUUUUUUUGUUAUCUCUUACCAAUCUUUGAAUUAUUCACAUCAGACAAAAGAUACAGAAGAAGACAUUAGCAUGUAGACAGAAAUUACAUUUGAUUGUUUAAUAUACUUUGAAAAAAUU